CGUAUUCGCGCAUGCGCACGAAAAUCGAUAGAGGGACAACGGACAAAGCUGCGAAUUUUUAUUACGUACUCGUAAAAUUAUAUCAAUUAUUAAACGGAUCGGUGGAUAUCUUCGAUCCCUGGAAUAUUCGUACUUUGCGAUUAGACGUGAAACGGAUUUAGACAUCGCAUUGACUACAUCCGCCGUGAGGAUGUGAGGAUGCUCGUUCCGGGAACUCUAACCUAAUCUGCGUCUCUUUAAUGUCAAUUGAUGCCGAUGCAAGUAUGGCGGAUUUCAGCGAUACGAAUUCGCACGAAGUGACAGAGAAUCAUGUUGGCAAGCGGUGCAAUAAUCAGUGGGUGCGGUUGAACGUUGGCGGGACGUAUUUUUUAACGGCCAAGACCACCCUGGCGAGAGAUCCCAACUCCUUUCUCUACCGGCUCUGUCAGGAAGACUCGGACCUUAUUUCGGACAGGGACGAAACGGGAGCGUACCUGAUUGACCGCGACCCCACGUACUUCAGUCCAGUGUUAAAUUAUCUACGUCACGGCAAAUUGGUCAUAAAUAAGGAUCUAACCGAAGAGGGUGUACUGGAGGAAGCAGAGUUUUAUAACAUCACCGAGCUCAUUCGGUUAGUCAAAGAAAGAAUCAUAUUGAGGGACACUAGACCGCAGAGGGAUUCCAAAAAGCACGUUUAUAGAGUUCUCCAGUGUCACGAGGAUGAAUUAACGCAAAUGGUGUCCACAAUGUCGGACGGAUGGAGAUUCGAACAGUUAAUCAACAUAGGUUCUCAAUAUAACUAUGGUAAUGACGAUCACGCUGAAUUUCUGUGUGUCGUAAGCCGAGAAUACGGAGCUAGUCAGCUCAGCAGUAAGGAAGAGGAGUCCACGGAUCGUGUCAAGGUUUUGCAGCAGAAGGGUUCACGCAUGUAAUGUCUAGAUCCGUCCUUGUUUUCCUUUGCCUCCUUUAGUUUGAUCAACUACGCUGCGACAAGAUAUGAAGACUGUUUCUUUCUUUUCUUUGUUUUACAUUUAAAGUGUUAAAUUGUAAAAUUCGAAACUCUAUUUCCAUUAUACUCUCUCUAUUCCUAGAUAAUGUUAAUCUACAGGGACAUUACUGUGCAAAGGAUAAAGAAAUUUUAUAGUAUAUGUAUUUAUUACAUAGCACAAGAUAUAUAUAUAUAUAUAUAUUGUACAUGAAGCUUUAAAAACCGAAAGUAUCAUUAUUAAUUUAUUCCUCUUCAUUAACAAGUGUAUACAGAAAGAAAAAAUGUCGAUCUCACGAAAGGGAUAUAGUUUAAUAAUUUCAUACAGUUUAUAUACAGAUAUGUAAUCGCUAUAUGACAGAUAUAAACCUUCCUUUUUCUAUAAGCGCACCUAUUUGCUUUAAAAGCAGGUACGCUAACUACAUAUAGUCAGAGAGUAUAGUUACAUUAUUAAUAAAUGAUAUUGUUCCAUAUUAAAUAUUAAAUGGCUGCAGUUGUGUUUUAGCUUUAUCAAAUAUUUUGAAUAGACAAUGAUAUUUGUGGAGGCAAUCGGUUUCGUACCAAUUUAUCAAAUUACCAAUUUUUGCGAUAAUGGUAGUUUUUUAUCUUCGAUAGUGCUACAUAUGGUAGAGAAAAUUGUCGUUUUUGUACCAAACUGUACAAAAAUUCUUUUUCCCACAUCCGUGUCCUUAUCAUAAGAUGUCUAAAUUACUUACCUUCGCACUGCCGCUAUAAAACAUAAAAAUAAUAUUUGUACCUAAAACGUGAUAAUUUUCAAAAUUCAAGAUGCAUAACUGUAAUAAAUACGAAUAUGUAAAACUGACUUUUUACAUGUAUUGUUAAUAUGGAAAGAGAGAUUUUUUCUAAACAAAGCAAUUUUAUUACACUACUUAUUAAGGAUACAGAUUUGAGAUGUGUGUAAAAAAAAAAAAAAAAUAGAGGCUUAAUCUCUUUGUAGAUGCUAUUGUGUGCGAAAGAGAAAUUUUAGAGAGCGAGAAAAACCAUGUACAAUUUACAAGAUUUUGAAAUAUUCAUUGCACAUAUGCACAUUUCAUAUAUAGGAUACAAAGGAUAGAAAAAAACGAUAGAGAUGCGAUUUCGUUCGCAAAUUAAUGAAAUGUACGAUUGGAAGGAAAUUUGCUACUCGUUUUUUUUUUUUCAUAAAUAUUUGCACAGUUGCGAUAUGAUUCCCUACAUCCGUAAUAAAUAAUAUUUGCAACAGAUGUAGGUUGUCAAUUAUCGAAGGCCUAUUAAGAAAGUGUCCUAUAGAUAUAACAUAUAUAUAAAAUCAUAUUUAAACAUGUUGAAUGGAAGAACAUACGUAAUAUCGGCUUUUAUAGAUGCCAUUAGUAUUAUAAUACAUGUGCGAAAUUAUUAUCUCACACACAUAUACAAUAUUUUUUUUCAUGGAUAUUAUAUAAGAGAAUACACAGUUCAACAAUAUUUGCUAUUAAUUGUUUCAAUACAGACAAAAAAAAAAA